GCCCUUUCGAUUCUUUACGUAGACAUAUGUGUAGAUGGACAUAUAUAGUAGGGUCAGGUUUGCCCCGGCAUGUCGAUAGCGUCAAUCAGUCGGUCGACAAAGACUGUGCUCAUGUAUGCUAAUCUACUUUUUCCGAAACAGCUUCUGUGCGAUGGGAUGAUCUGCUAUAUGGCCUCCUUUCAUCGUAUACACGUUGGCUUCCACCUUCUGGAACAGGCACCAUGCUAGCUUUCCGACUUUUUCCUUAUCAAAGCCACGCACCACAAUGAGAUCCCCUUUCUUGCCUAGCUCCACCUUGGCAUCCCCAGCGCUCCCCUUGGCGAUGCGGGUGCAGUCCAUGGCCUUGACUCCGACACCAAGACGAAUCAUCAGAUGCGGAUAGUCGGGCUCCCAAUAAGCCUUGACUCCCCUACCAUGCAGCACUAUCUGCACAGCCCAUCCGCGAGUCUGUCGGUGGAGGGCGUUCUCGAUCGUGUGCGUCUGCACCUUCCUCGGGUCAACGGAUCCCACCAUGCAGAGGUCCUCAUUGUCAGUCCUCAUGUGGUACAUCGUCUGCGGGUACUUCUGGUUUCCUCGGAAGAAGUAUUCGCCUCCCAGGUGAGCCACCACUCCCGGCCACUUCAUCCAGUGCUGCUCGCGGGGCCAAGGGGAAGAUCUUUGCUUGGGCAGCUCAGUCCAUCGGUGGUUGGUGUGAGUUUCAGUCUCGCCGAAAAAUUCGUUGACGCCCCACUUGGCUACGCCGCGUUGCUGUUGAUGAAUGGCAGAUGAACAGGGGGUCAUACGACGCGGCAAAAGCGUCCCACGACAUAAGGACCUCAUCCGACAAGUGGAG